ACAUAUGUUAAUAUCUCAGUAACUACUUGAUGUAUAUCAAUGAGACUUUAUACAAUGGUACUCAACCACCAAACCCACUUGAGUAAGUAGUUAAAGGUUUAUCGCGCAAAAGUUAUAUUUGAUAUACGACGAACACGUGUAUUUAUGGAUUAUGAACAUAACCUACCUGCUGAUAACAACAUGAUAACCACGAAUUUGAUAGCAGGAAGUGGAAAAAAAUUAAAUGAUUGGCCAAUGCUAAACGAUUUACUGUGGACUACUCAGAAUUGAAGAAUUACUAGUUAAAAUAAUAAAAGUGCAACUACUUGGAUAUUAUUCAAACUAUUCUGUAAAUGUAUAAAAUUGUUUUCAAAAUGGCAACUGUGAGGUUGGUAUGUGUGAUGUGUUUGGUGAUUCUAUUCUCAGUGUUGAGCAUCGGUUACAUGUACGGAUUGCUGUAUAAAGAGCCAUAUGCCGAACCCUUGGAAUUGCUAAGCUCGAUUAGGUGUAGCAUGGCAGAUAAACUGCAAGGACCAUUGCUCAAUAUAUCGGAACCCGUGUCUAACACUAAGUUGAGAGACGUCAAGUUCAAAGAGGUACAACCCGGUGGAGUGUAUCGUCAGAAUAUAUCAAAUUGUACGGAUACACAGUCAGUGGCGAUAAUAAUUCCAUACCGUGAUAGAAAAAUGCAUUUAGAUACGUUGGUCAGACAUUUACACAGUCUCCUGCAGAAGCAGUAUAUCAGCUAUGGCAUCUAUGUUUCAGAACUAGCUUAUCCAACUAUGUUUAACAAAGGCAUUCUGAUGAACGUGGCGUAUGUAAUUGCAAGAUAUGUAGGCAACCACAAUUGUUUUAUAUUCCACGAUGUUGAUCUAAUCCUUGCGGAUGACCGUAAUUUAUACAUAUGUGACAAAAAACCAAAGCAUAUGUCAUCUUACAAUACCAAAUACGCAGACCAUGGCGGCGUUCCAUAUAAAGAAUAUAUCGGAGGGGUUUUAGCAUUGACGGCCUCUCAGUUCCGUGCUGUGAAUGGCUUCUCCAAUAUGAUGUUUGGUUGGGGCGGCUCGGACGACUUGAUGUUCUUAAGGAUACAGGAAAAAAGACUUGGAUUAACCCGAGUCAGUGCUGAGUAUGGUCGUUAUUACGCUCUGCCACAUGACAGUGACCACGGGAACCCAGUCAACAAGGCGAAAUUUGAAAUGAUGGAUAUAUCUAGAAAACGCACUGACAAUGAUGGACUAUCAAAUCUGGGCGAUUUGUACAAGUUGGUAAAGAUGGAACAACGCCCACUGUAUACUUGGAUUUAUAUAAGAUGCAACAAAACUGAGAUCAUGAGGAAAUAUCUUGACAUUCGUACAUGAAGGCAGCAAUUUCAGAAUCGGAUAAUGGAAAAAUGAAUAUAAUGUACUAAAGCUGUUUUAUUGAUUUAUGCGUUCCUUUCUCCGUUUUAUAUACUGUAAAGAGGUCAACGAAUUGACUUGGCGUGUUGGAAGAAAUAAAAAUAACUUAAAAAGAAGCGGUUACUAUGAAAUGUUACAGUAGGUCAAAGGUUAGCAAAUGGAAAGGGUGUUAUGAAAACGUUGUCUGUACAACAGCUUCAGAACGGCUAGACAUUGUACCAGGAAGUUUGAGUGUUAGGCUGACAAUUACGCGUACAUGAACUUUAUUGUGUUUUUUUGAGAUCAGUAGGUCAAGGCCACUGUCAACAUAGUUUUAAAACUUUAUCGAAAGUCCACAUGAUAACUUCAUUUAAUUGAGAAGUCUUUGUAUUUCACAUUUUUUCUCGGUGGUAAUGUAGGCAGACUGCUUAUUACAUGACGAACAGUGGAGCAAAAUGUAAUGCGAGAUAAUAAUUCACUAGUCGCUCGGUCAAAGGUCAUAAUAACCUGAUUUAACUGGAAAUUUUAUGUAUAAAGCUUUAAUAUUGCACAUUUAUUCAGUGGUAAUGUAGGUAGUCUGCUUAUUACAUGACGAACAGUGAUGCAAAAUGUAAUGCGAUAUAUUCAGUGGCCGCUCGGUCAAGUGUCAAGGUCACAUUAAAUGGUUUUUGCAAAGUUUUUGUCCGCCUUAUAGGAGAUAAAAAAAGUAUAAAAUACGCCCCAAAUAUACCGUUUCGGACUGAAAUUGAUAUUUUUUUAUUGGGGUGUAUCCCGAACCCCCUGCAAACAAUUUAAACUAAGUGAAUUUCGGGUCUGACGGGUUGGCGCAUGCCAAAAGGUAACGCCCCUUAUUUGCGCCCCUCUCAUAUCAAAUUCCUGCCUUGGAAGCAGUUAAACACAGUACAUAAACUGCAGACAACAUUCAUCAAAUUAACAGAUACAGUGCCUAUUCAGACGAUUUCUUAAGAGUACGACUCAGACAUAGUCUCGUCCUUAAUCUUGUCCUUGGUCCUUGUCAAUCUCCACUGCGGCACUGUAGUAACGGCGGAUGGCAACGCAUGGUUUUAUGGGCACCACGGCAAAGGCUCUGGGUGGCGCCAAACGUUCACGUUGUAGGUAGCGGUCAUGUCGGCCAUUAGGAGGUCAUGGUUGUGGCAGUACAGCACCCAACCGCCUGGAUGAAAUGGAAUGAAUGAGGAGUUGGGUCAUGGUUUUCUAUGGUCUAGAAAUAUAUCAUUUGAUAAUUUCAAAUGUGAUUUUCUUUAUACAUGAAAGCCGAUAACAUGUUUAACUACCGGUAUUUAAAUCAAAUUUGUAUAUUUAAUGUAAUUUUCUGUUUACAUGAAAGCCGAUUACAUGUUUAACUACCGUUAUUAAAAUUAUAUUUCAAUUUCACGUUUUUGGAAUCACAAGUAGACGAUCUGGAAGUUCAAAAUAAAUGUGUAAACAUAACAGUUUCUAUAUAUUAAAAAGGGGCCUUUUGUUACGGUCCGAAAGAUCCGAAUAUUGCGGUAGGCACGAAUAACAAUCAAACAUCCGGGUCAUUAAUGGCCAGUUUGUUUACUUGAACCGCGAAUUUGCAUGUGAUUUUCUUAAGGCAAGUAAUCAUGCCAUGAGGAAACUUGCCUGGUAGCGUAUUAUUCCAGAGUAUAACUUUUGGCCAUUUUUUCUUUAGAAAACUUAACUCGAGAAUUAUUCGCGUUUAGUUUUCUAUUGUUAAAAUAAUCCUAGAGAAUAGCUGGAUUAUUUGAAUGAAAUGUAUUUGAAUUUGAGUGACGUCUAGAAUGUAAUUGAUGUAAGGAGAUAAAUUUAUCUUAAAGUGAUUUUUUUAAUUGACUUAACUUUAUUAUUCAAUACCAUGUUUCUGUCAAAUAACAUACUAUAUCGAUUGUCCAAGCUCACAUAGAAAUAAAACAUAUAUCAUUUUAAUUCAUUCACUUUUAAAUGCUUGAAGAAAUUAUUUAAAAAAAUGCAUAUAUAAUUCAUGUAUGUGUGGACAUUAUAAAAGAUAAUUUAUAUAUGAUGUUCAUGCUACAGGCAAAUCAUUUGAUGUAAAGAACACUACAAUUAGAAAAGUUGUAGAGAGCAUGGUAUGCGACAACUAUCCCCAGUACAUAGAAACGCUUUACUCCAUACAGUAUCUGCGUUAAAAUACCUAUACUCAGUACAUAACCACUGCGAAAUGGAACGAGAGAUUCUCAGAUAUUACUAUGAAGUUUUUAAAAUGCUGUGAAACAGAGAAGUUUAAUUUGAAAGAAAUGUGCAGAGAACAUGGUAAUUUUAC